AUGUCGGGAAAAGACGAUGCAGACGACGUUCGCCGUUAUACCGCUCCGUACAGCGCGCGACAUCCCAUCCCCACAAUCUCCAAGUACAAAGAAGAGCGGGCAGCAAGGCAAGAAGAAGCAGUAAACAGGAAUAAUGACGAUGAUGCAACUGGAGAUGGCAGCAAUCAGCAAGCGGCGCCGAGUCAAGGCGAUACACUGGAUCCAGCCCAGCCCGACACACUUCCAAAGGACGACAGUGGCGAGAGCCCUGAAGAUGACGAUUCAAACGCCAUGGAAGAUACCUCCCAGAUAGAUCCCAGGGCUUCAGAUCCUAAGAAGAGAAGGAAAGAAAUGAAGAAAACCAGCAAGGAGAGGGCCGAGCGAGAAGUCACCGACCCUGUCACCCAUCUGCCAGUGACCAUCCACGACUUCACUGACGAGGCUUUGAAAGAGGUGGACUUUGAGGAUCCCCCGUUCGGGCCUGCAAAACGGACCACAACUGGGCUUAGCGCCGAGAAGAAGUCAGACGAACAGCUUGUCGAGGAGAAGGAAGAUCUCCAACAUCGUCACGACGCCAUGGCAGAUUUGUUCCCGCCACCAGACUUCGAUGCCCUGCGCCUUGAACUGGCCGCCAUUAGCAAGAGAGGCGUCACUUUUGGAUUGGCCGGAGUUGCCAUUACUCUUGUUUGUGCUUUCGCUGUCGAACGGCUGCUGAGAACAGACCAGUUGCCUGAGGCGAAGAGUCGAUCGAUUUUAACGAGCAGCCUGGUCUGGGUAAUACUGAUUGCAGGGAGUGCUGGCACAAUCUGGUUUCUCAUCGUCUCAGUUAGGGAAUGGAUAGCGAACAAGGUCCAAAACAUUUUCCAAGACGAAGUCUGGGACGCUCAGCGGCGCCAAACCAUCAAGGCAUCGAAGAACUACGACUCCGAGACGACGAUUUGGCUCAACUCUUUGCUAGGCUCCGUCUGGCCCCUCAUCAACCCAGAUCUCUUCAUCAGCCUUGCGGACACCCUCGAGGAUGUCAUGCAGGCAUCGCUACCGAAGUUUGUCCGCAUGGUCAGUGUCGAAGAUAUUGGACAGGGCAGCGAGUCGUUGCGUAUCCUCGGCAUUCGGUGGCUACCUACCGGCGCGGCGACUAGGGCGGUGGGCGACGAUGGAAAACUCCAGUCUGCAGGUCAGAGCGACGGUGAGACCAAAAGCCGGAAGCAAGGGGAUAGUGGAAGUGAAGUUUCAGUCCCUGAUGGAAUGGAAGCUGAAGAGGGCGACUUUGUCAAUCUCGAAGUUGCCUUUGCAUACAGAACCCGAUCGAGUUCGAAGUCUCUGAAGGAGCGGACAAAAGACAUGCACCUCUACCUUGCCUUUUACCUACCGGGAAACAUCAAGAUCCCAGUCUGGGUAGACCUUCAAGGCAUUAUCGGGACCAUGAGGAUGCGACUGCAACUCACACCCGACCCGCCCUUCUUUGCCCUCUGCACAAUCACCUUCCUUGGCCAGCCCAAAGUUAACCUAAGCUGCGUUCCCCUGAGUCGACAUGCCAUCAAUAUUAUGGACGUUCCAUUCAUCAGCAACUUCGUCCAGUCUGCCGUUGACGCUGCCAUGGCAGAGUAUGUGGCACCCAAGAGCCUAACUCUUGACCUCAAGGACAUGCUCGCCGGCGACGAUUUCAAGAAGGACACCAUCGCCGCGGGUGUGCUCAUGGUCCAUAUCAAACGCGGCUAUGACUUCAAGAUUGGCGAUUCCGGCAUCCCUCUAAUCAAAGAUGGCAGCUCCGACCCAUACGUCUCCGUUGGCUGGGCAAAGUUUGGCAAGGUACUCUGGACUUCUCGCGUGCUCGACAACGAAAUGGAACCAUAUUGGGACGAGACAUGUUUCGUGCUCGUAACGCCCCAGGAGUUGAAUGUUGACGAGAGAUUGCGCAUUCAACUCUGGGACUCGGAUCGAAUGACGGCCGACGACGAUCUCGGACGCAUCGAAGUUAGCCUCAAGGACUUGAUGAGAGAUAAUGACUCCAAUGGACACAUGUCAAACCGGAAAGAUGGCUUCAGGGCUUUGAAAUCCGGAGACGGCAUGCCUGGAAAGUUGGAGUGGAGCGUCGGCUACUUCUCUAAGACGAGAAUUCAGCAGUGCCAGUUUGACCAACAGACGCACGACCCAGAGAUUCGUUCUAUGGACCAAUUGAAAGAGAAGGUUGAAAAGUCGUGCGAGCGGAAGCUCCGUGAGACCAUGUUCAAGGAAGGCAAAAAGGACCGCAAUCUCGGGGAGCUCGAGCAGCAGAAAGCCCAGGAGCUCAAGACCGAGCAAGACGCCAUGAUCAUCUCAGCACCGCCCCCCAACGGGUACCCGAGUGGCCUCUUCAGUCUUCAGAUCCACAACAUCACAGGCCUGGAGAUUGAGCGGCUCAACAAGCGCGACUCGGCCGGGGACGGAGCCGCGAGCGACGAGGAGGAAGCCGGCGAGGGUCUGCCCAGUGCGUACUGCACAAUAAUAAUCAACCACCGCAAGACGUUCAAGACGCGAACCAAGCCUCAGAACGCCAAGCCAUUCUACAAUGCCGGGUGCGAGCGCUUCGUCCGCGACUGGCGAGAGUGCGAGGUGUUUGUCUCUGUCCGGGACGCUCGACUACACGAAGAUGACCCCCUACUUGGAAUUGUCCACCUGCCCCUUGGCGAAGUCCUCAAGGAGCGCUCCCAGAUCAUGGGUUUCUAUCCUCUGACCGGCGGCAUUGCACAAGGGCGCAUCCGCCUGUCUAUGGUCUGGCGGAGCAUCCAACUUCAGGCACCACGGAACCUGCUUGGAUGGCAGUACGGCACCGUCGAGGUCCACCCUACAGCGACGGUGGCCGACUGCCCCAAGGAUCUCCGGUCCGCUAAGGUCAAGCUUCGGACGGCCAUCAGCGCUGGGAAGAUGUAUCAAACUAAGGGUGACACGAAAGGAGGCGGCUCAACUGCGACGUGGAGCACCAAACGUGGACGUAGUCUAGCCCUGGCCAUCCAAGACCGCUACAGUAGCUGUUUGUCUAUUGCAUUUCGGGAGCGAGGUGUCUUCGGUGAUGGUACAGCAGCGUUCAGCGUCCUGUGGAUCAAGGAUCUGGUGGACGAGGAAGAGACGGAACUGGAGCUUCCGGUGUGGAAGGGAGAUUUCCAGCGUGCCACGGCGUGCUGCUUGGAGGAGUGCGGGGAGAAGCUAGCUACCAUCAAGCUCGAGGUGACAUUCUGGUCCGGACUGGGAAGCGCCCACGCCCGCUGGGCCAGCCGCGACCAACACCUCCGCAACGUGGUGGAGGUGAUUGAAACGGCCCGCGACAACCUCGAGACGGUGCAGCUGCAAAAGGAGGUUGGCAUCACGGGCGACUCGGACUCUGCGAGCGAGGACGGACGCCGGACGCGGCCGCGAUCCAUCGUCAGCAACUCGGACUCCAGCUCCAGCUCCAGCUCCAGCUCAGACUCGGACUCAGACGCUCGCGAUAUCCCCGACGGCAGCUCGGCCAACAAGCAGGGCCCCAUCGACAAGAUCCGUGACUACAAGCGGCGCGACCGCCGGCUGCACCGACAGCAUCGGGGCCUCAUGCAGUGGAAGAUUCCGCGCACGGCCAGGUGGAUCAAGCACAAGUUUGACCGCGUUGGGAAUAACGUCUCUAGCGCCUUCGACCACUCCUCCAAGCAGCCCGGGAUCGAGACCGAGGUCUAG